AUGUCCGCUAUCCAGAAUCUCCACUCUUUCAGCCCCCUUGCUGACGCAGGUAAGGGUGAUGAUCUGCUUCCCGCUGGCACUGAGGGUCAUAUCCAUAUAAGAAUUCAACAGAGAAACGGCAGGAAGACCCUUACUACCGUCCAAGGGAUCGCUGAUGACUACGAUCAAAAUAAACUAGUGAAGGCCUUUAGGAAAAAAUUUGCCGGCAAUGGUACUGUCAUUGAGCAUCCAGAAUAUGGAGAAGCGAUUCAGCUGCAAUAUGACCAGCGCCAGAACAUAUGCCAGUUCCUCGUCGAGACCGCACUGGCUAAGGACCACCAGCUGAAGGUUCCUGGGUUGUAAGUGCUUUGGGCUCACUGAAGCUUAAGUGAGGAUUUCUUUGCAAUGAGUGGAAUUUCCCUUCUGUCCCUUGUCACAAGUUUAAAAACCUCACAGCUUGUAUGAUGUAACCAUCUGGGGCCUGCUUUUAGCUUGGACUAGUGUGAUUCCUUCGUGCAAUAAACUGAAAAGAGCCAUGCUGUCUGGUCUUGAAGUCCCUCAUUUAAACAGAGCUCAAGCAGUGGGCGCCGGGCAGUGUCCAGCCUGAAAAAGCAAUACCGUGAGGUUUCAGCCAAGCCCAUGUCUGGCCAAAGCUCCUCGCCAGAGUUCCCUGCCCUCAGAGAAUGUCACCCACCGCCUGAGCAGCCUUGGGUGAAGCUGAGAGGAGAGGGGUCAGGCAGCAGCGCCCUGUAGGGAGAGAGUGU